CGCUCCCUUUUAAAUGGAUGGCUGUUGAAUCGCUUCAGCAAAUGCGCUUCUCAGUCUUCUCAGAUAUUUGGGCGUACGGUGUCACAACCUGGGAAAUUUUCACACUGGCAAACGUUCCUUAUCCUGGAGUUACAUGGAGUGACGAUUUUCUGGACCAACUAGUCAACGGAAUGCGAAUGCACAAGCCGUCCUACGCCACGACAAACAUUUACAACACAAUGCUGGAUUGCUGGAAUAAUGAACCAAGUCUGAGACCCUCCUUUUCAGAGCUGAAAAUUUUCUUUGAAAAGCUGUUGGUGGACACCUCCCCGCAGAAUUACUUUCAACCUUCGUUUGAGGGUUUCGUUAACCAUGUUGCGAACGAUGGUGGAACUUCGGAGGAAGGUCGCCCUCAAGUAUUUAUUCCUCCCCAGAACAACUUAUCUCCUGAUUCCGGCAUUGCAGAGGACACGCAAGGAUACCUUUUACCUUUCAGUGAACCACGAGAUGCUUAAAAUUGACUUGGACACAAAGAAACUCAACUUGUUAGUUUAAAGUCUUUUAUUUUCAGCCCACAAGAUUUAUCUCCAUUUAACGUAAUUCAUUGGUAGUGUACAACACAUUAAUUAAAUUAGUUGUCUAAUAUAAUUAGCUUAGCAAAAUGGCACGGACUCAAUGAUGACGUUG